AUGAGAAAAGAAAAAAAGGCUAUUUUAGAUCAAGUCAUGGAGAAAGAGACUUAUAAUAAAGCGAAAGAAAUUUUGGAAAAAUUUUCUAAAGAAGUAACACCUAAUCCAAUUUUAAAGACUCCUGUACAAAUAACUCCAAAUCUUAGGCAAAGAAUAAUACCUGGUGUUAAAAGUGCAAUUCCACCAAGUCCUUUUGUUAAAAAUCCAGGUAAUUCACUACAGCCAGUGUCAACGGCCAGUUUACUUACCAAACAACCCAUGUUGAGAAUGCCUGCUCCCAUACUUUCCCCCAAUAGAAGUUAUGUGGAUAAAUUAGUUGAAUAUUUAAUCGGAGAUGGUCCUAACAACAGAUAUGCUUUAAUAUGCUCUCAGUGUCAUUCACACAAUGGAAUGGCAUUAAAAGAAGAGUUUGAAUAUAUAGGUUUUAAAUGUUGCUACUGCUUUUUCUACAACCCAGCUAGAAAACUUAGGCCGGAAGCACCAAAACUUGAAUUAACGACUGAUAUUAAAGAAUACAGAGAAAAUACUGAAUUCGAUAGAGAAAAUUUAGAGUCUGAUGAUAUGUUAAAAACUCCUCGUAAAUGGGAAAAGGGAAGAAGGUGGAAAUAA